CAUCUCUAAGUCACCAAGAAAAUAAAGCUUUUAGUCAACAGAACCAAAAAGAGCGUAUGCAUGUAGGUCAUUUCUAAAUGCUCUCUGUUCAGCCACAUUUUUCUCUCUUGGUCUCUGUUUCUCUCCAGUGUGACUAGAGGUCACCAUAACUCAGACCCUCUCAUCAGCCAAUGACAAGACAGCCCUGCACAUGUCCACUGAUGCCCCAGACCUUUUAUCUGCUAAAUACCAGCACUUCGCAUGCAAGUGUGUCUGAGUCAGAUUUAUUGGGCGUCUCCGUGUUCCUGUCACCGGAAUGCUGAUAUCACACCUGCUCACGGUGUGCCUGUGAUUAUGGCGCUCUGACACACACACACCUGAGGUAGACUCUCACACCACGUUGCCAUGGUACUCCUAGUUUAGCUUGUGGCCCCUGGACACAUUCCUAUAAAACAUGAUUACUGAGCACUUGUUUAUUUGAGCUGAAAUUCUACAUGAGGAUGGGAUGAAACGGAUAGCGUAGACAGACCGUACAGCCCUACCUAAUUCAGUUCUGCUGGUUCAGCAGUUGGCUCAUGUCUGCGUAAUUUUGUGUGUGUGUGUGGGAGCCACUGCCCUGUUCUACUGGCCUGUAAAUCUACUGAUGUAGUUAAAUCCUGUAGAGACGUUAUAAAUCAGAUGGGGGGAAUAAACCAUAGAGCUAAUCUUCAUUGUACAAUGCAUAGCUCUUACUGUAAGUGUGUGCGAGCCACCAGAGUAGGAGUGAAAGUGUGUGUGUGUGUGUGGGAGGGAGAAAGUGUGUUCUUCAGUCUCUCUAGUCCUUUCACUCCCUCUUUAUCUGUCUCGGUCUGCCUGGGGGAUAGACUGCAGCGGAUGGACCGACUCGAGAUUGGGUGUGUUCACGCAGUAAACCUGAAGUCGGGGGAGCAGUUCUGCAUCUCUGACAGCCGAAAGUCGGACACUAGUGGUUUUCCCGACAGCAAGGCUCCGAUCAACAUGGCUGCCGUUUGUUUUUAUCAUUUUCUUCCGUAUAAGCGUCAAAUAACUGCUCUAUACCCCGAUAUCACACACAAACUGAAAGCAUAACGUGUGUACAAUAAUUAAUUGGUUAGAGGUCUCGUCACUUUAAUGUGUAUCCCCUGUAGUUUCAGAAUCACUUCAGUUCGUCAAGUCUUCGGCCCAUGUUUGUGUGGGUCAAACAAAAACACCCUAAUUUGUUGACGAAUAGUGCCUCCCACAAUACAGUUGGUGAGGAAGCACCCGCAGCGACUUGAAGGCAACGUCAUUAAAAACUGCAUGACCUUGGAUCACAUGAUUUUUGUAAAGUUCAUGCAUUUGGCAUUAGUCGCCAGUCGGACACUUUUUAUCCCCAUAAUGCAACACGCUUUGAAAGGCGUGAGCGGCCAACGUCUUGACAAAAGUGAUCCGCUGUGACCAUUGACUCUCGUUGACCGCAUACUGUGCAGCACCGUAUCAGUGGCCAGGUGAUGGCUCUGAAGAUGAACACCAUGGCCAGUAACAGAGCGAACAUGCUGAGGGAGGUCCAGCUGAUGAACCGCCUCUCUCACCCCAACAUACUCCGGUUUGUAGGGGUGUGUGUUAAUGAGGGACAACUCCAUGCAUUGACAGAGUACAUCAACGGGGGUAACCUGGAGCAGCUGCUGGACAGUGACCGGUAUCUGUCGUGGUCAGUCAGGAUGGGCCUGUCUCUAGACAUCGCUAGGGGCCUGCAGUACCUCCACACCAAAGGCAUCUUCCAUAGAGACCUCACCUCCAAGAACUGCCUGGUGCGUUGGGAGGGUGGCCAGUGUACGGCUGUGGUGGGGGACUUAGGCCUGGCAGAGAAAAUACCGGAGUACAGUGAGGGGGCAGACCAGCAGCCCUUGGCUGUAGUGGGUUCCCCCUACUGGAUGGCACCAGAAGUGCUGCGAGGAGAGAUCUACAACGAAAAGGUGGACGUAUUUGCGUACGGCAUCGUCUUGUGUGAGGUCAUCGCUAGGAUACAGGCUGACCCUGACUUCCUCCCACGCACAGAGGACUUUGGUCUGGACGUCGAGACGUUCCAGCACAUGGUGGGAGACUGUCCACCUGCCUUCCUGAGCCUGGCUGUCGCCUGCUGCAAUAUGGAUCCAAAGCGCCGUCCAUCGUUCUCAGAGAUUGUAAUGGAGUUGGAGAGGAGAGAGACCGAGAGGACGCAGAAAGACGAAGCUGCACUAAAGGAUCUCGGCCCACUGCGGAGGCGCUUCCUCUGUCUCCCCGGCGACCCUCGCCUCUGCCGCAGCAAAUCAGACGUGCUCCCUCCAGCCGUGCUCCCCACUCUGGCGCCUCCCACCCGUGUCAACCCAUUCUCCCUGCGAGAGGACCUAAAAGGAGGCAAGAUCAAACUGUUCGACACGCCUAGCAAGUCUGUCAUCUCUUUAACGUUCACCUUACCCAAACCCUGUACCACCCCCCUCGCCCUCAGACAGGGAGGGGGGUACCCCCCGAGGAAGGCUCCACAGACGCUGCUUAUCCCUUCCUUGCACCCCCCCACCGGAUCUCCUGCCCCCCACCACCAAAGACAAUACCACAGAAAAAACGGGGGUAUUGCCAACUGACCAAGCCACUGAGAAUGAUGAGGGGAAUGUAGAGAACGAGAGAGAGGAGCGGGGAAUUGUGAAAGAGAGAUUUACCUUUGAGUCGAAUGAGUUCGUAGACGAGGAGGAUGUGGAGAGGAGGAAGCGCAACGAGGGCCUCACGGGCGACGACUCGGGGCUUCCUCUCGAUCCAGAGCUGCUGUCAUUGGACCAGAUGAGCGAGGAACAGGAAGAGGAAACUGACCAGGAAGUGGAACCGAUGGAUUGCACCAGCUCCCCUGACACUCUAGAUGGCACUCUCCCUCCACUCUCUUCUUUCCCUACUCUUCCACCUCAUUCCAAACCCUCCCCACCCACCUCCACCACAUUCACCAAUGGCUGGGGUAAUGUUCCCCCCGUCUUCAAUGGUCCUCUCUGCCUGCCCCCCCUCCCCUCCCCCCACAUGGACAACAACAACAGCACCACGGUGGUCAUUAGUCGGCCUCUGGGAUGGCGGGGCACCAACCGGAACCACUCACCUCCUGGUAGGCCCAUUGGGGGCUCUCCCUCGCUGUUCGGGUCCGGUAAUGGUUCUGGUCCUUCUCUGGAGCAGGAGGAGAUGAUCUCGUGUCCCAGUUGCUGUCUGGUGGGUUUCCGGUUCCCCUCUCUGUGUUUCCGCACGCCCCCUCGCCGGAACCCCUAUAAGAACCUGAACAGGAACGGGGACAGUACUGGGGUCACCCGAGGGCUGCUCUAUAAAGGGCCUAAAGGGAUACCGUCCUCCCCUUCCAACCCCGAGCCUGGCCCUGGUCUAGCCCUGCCUGUGGCUCGGACAUAGAGACAAAGAAAACCCUAACCACAGAUCUAGGAUCAGAUUACCCAACCCCAUUAUUCUAACCUUAUUUCUUAGGAGGGAGAGACUGGAAACUGACCUUGGAUCAGUGCCUAUGGGCUACUUCAUUCCAUUCUUACAUAUAGAUGGUUACAUAGCUGCUGGUUGGAAGUCACUGCUGUGCUGGUGGUCUAUGAGUGGUGGGACGCCCUCUGCUGGACUGAGGCGGUAUUGAUAAUGCUGUACUGUAUAAUUCAGUAUCAUGCUAUACUGAUAAGGGGAGUGAGCUGAGGUCUCACAGAUCCCUACAGUGUAGGAAAGCUGGUAAACUGACUGAUUUUAAUAAAGAAGCAAUGACAAUAUUUUCCCUCAGCAUGACAGCACCUGUAUUGGUCAGAGCCAUAUUUAAAUGUAAGCUAAACAUGGCUUUGGUAUUGGACCAAUCCCAUGGGAUAUGUAUUUUAUGAUGUCCUUCUAUGCUGUGGUCAAUGUCUCCUUUUCUGACAGUCACAGUUGUAAGUACUAUUUUUGAAUGGUGGUGGUGGUGUUGCUACGAUGAGGAAGGUUAUGGAAUAGUGUUACUUAUGAAAUGUUGUGUAAUAUGAAUGUUAUCAUUUAGAUGUUUGAUACUGUAUGAUACUGGAACGGUCGAAGGCUCAGCAGUUUGCCUUGUGUUCAGGCUGCUACAAAGCUAUAUGGUGCAACCUGGAGAGGCAAUGAAAGGUUGUGUGUGUGUGUGAUCCGUCCACUGUUCUGUUGAGUGAUAUCUCGCGGUGUGAUCUCUCUUACGGCCCUCGUGGUCCCCGGGACAAAGCACUUAAUUGCGUUAAGGUUGUUUUUUAUUUUAUGAUUUUUUUUUAAAUUUUUUUUUUUAUUUGCGAAUGAAUGGUCAAAGAGAUGUACAGAUUCAUAUUAUUUAAAAAUGGCAUUGAAUAAAACUAUAGAAUGGGA